UCACAAUCACAAUCUCCUCUUCCCUCCUCUCUACGCAAUUCCAUAUAUACCCAAAAGUAAUUAAAACCUGCAAAUCUUUGUGUUCAACAAUGGCGGACAAGCGAGAAAAGAGUACUACAGCAAGUUCUCAAAUCAUCACAGGAUCAUGUGAAGAAGGUGGUGAAGGAAGUUCCGGCAUCCGCACGGUGGAGACGCUGCUGAGGCUGCUUCCGGUGGGGCUUUGUGUGGCCGCGUUAGUUGUCAUGCUUAAAGAUUCUGAAACUAAUGAAUACGGCUCUCUUUCAUACUCCAACCUCACUGCUUUCAGGUUUUUGGUGCAUGCUAAUGGCAUCUGUGCUGGUUAUUCGCUACUGUCGGCUGCUUUCACUGCAAUCCCUCGCCCUAUAACCAUGCCUCGAGCUUGGACCUUCUUCCUCCUUGAUCAGGUUUUAACAUACCUGAUACUGGCCGCCGGUGCGGUGGCGACGGAGGUGGCGUUUCUAACAUACAAAGGAGAUGUGGCGGUGACUUGGAGCGAGGUGUGUGGAACUUACGGCGACUUCUGUAGAAAGGCGACGGCUUCCAUCAUCAUCACCUUCGUGGUGGUGAUCUGCUACGUUUUGCUGUCGCUAAUCUCAUCUUACAGGCUCUUCAGCAAGUAUGAUGCACCAGUUGGGUACAAAAAUAAGGGGAUAGAGAUCGUUGAUUUUGGAAAUUAGGAGAUCGAUGAAAACCUGUUUCCUGUGAAGAACAAGAAUAUGUAAUAAGAUUAUAUAUUAAUUAUGAACAGAGAUUUUAUAUAUGAUGAUGAUGAUGAUGAUGAUGAUGAUGAUAAAUGUUGUUGUUCUUGGGUUUUCUUGAUUGUAACUUGACCUUCCAAUCU